AAUUUAAUAAUUGCUGUCCUGAAAAGUUGAUAGGAUGGGUAAAAAUAAAGGCGGCGGCGGCGGAGGAGGAGGAGGUGGUGGAGGGGGUGGAGGCGGAGGCGGUGGCGGCAAUAAAAAGGGCGGUGGCGGAGGAGGUGGAGGCGGAGCCGGAAAUAAAAACAAAGGCGGCGACGGAGGCGACAAAGGUGGAGCCAAGAAAGGACAGGACCAAAAGGCAGCCGCAGGCGGUGGCAAGAAAGGAGGCAAAAAAUAG